CACUCUUCACAUUCUGCAGCUCAAAUCCCAAUGGCAAAACGUGAUCCGGGCAAAUACCCUCCUCCUCCUCGCUACUCUGUAGCUGUACACAGCCAGCCCCCUCUCACAUCUAAUGGACAGGGGUAUGGCUCCUACCCAGAGGUGAAUGGCAUUUACCCAAGCCUGAAACUUUCAAGCCAGCCAAGUUACAUCCCCCAGUAUCCACCACCUGUGGUCGCUCCACAAGUCACUGAAAUCGGCCCACCCCCGAAGGAGAAAAAGAACUGCUGUGAAGAGAAAGCACAGAUUUACAAGGUGACUGCAGCAGUCAUAGUGCUGCUGGCUCUGCUGGGAGUUGGCAUCUGGCUUGGAGUUUAUUAUGGCACCAGCACACUAAGAAGAGAGGUUUUCAUCAUACCUGACAAUGAAUACAAUGGACCAUAUGGUGUAUAUCAGAGAGUGAAUGACACCUGUCCCAGCAAUUUUACUCAAUGUGAUGGUAUAAAAGACUGUCAAUUGGGCACAGAUGAAACAUACUGUGUGCGAUUUGGUGAAGGCAACAGUCUGCUGGUCAAGACAGCUCAAAGAGACUUCCUCCCAGUCUGUUACAGUGGCUGGGACACAAACUAUGCCAACCAGAUCUGCUCUCAGCUUGGAUUCAGACAGUCCUUUUCAUCAAAUAAAAUGAAUUCCCAGGGUUCCCCUGGUUUGAAACUGAACAGUGGAUCACCAUCUUCUCUUAUCCAAGCUUCAGUGGGCGUCAACUCUUCCUGUCCAAACCAGGAGUCUGUGUCACUGCAGUGUGUAGACUGUGGUAGGCGGCCAGCUAUGUCCCGGAUCAUUGGGGGCACUGCAGCCAAAUCGGGUGAAUGGCCUUGGCAGGUGUCACUUCAAUUCUUACGACACCACACCUGUGGUGGUAGCUUAAUCUCACCUGAUUUUGUUGUGACUGCGGCUCACUGCUUCCCAAGCCCUGAAUACCGCCUUGCUCAGAAUUGGAAAGUUUACGGUGGAUUUAUGUCUCUGAAUGAUCUACCAUCUCCCUUCUUGGUUGAGAAAAUCCUAAUCAACGAGAAUUAUAACAGCAAAACCAAUGACCAAGAUGUUGCUCUGCUCAAACUCAAAUAUCCAGUAACUUUCACUGAUAAACUUCAGCCAGCCUGCCUGCCACUUUAUGGCCAGGAGUUUCGAGAUGGAACCAGUUGUUGGACCUCAGGUUAUGGGACUACUGUGUCAGGUUCAAGCACGGUCUCCACUGAUCUGAUGGAGGUGUCUGUGGACAUCAUUAGCACAACAGCGUGUAACAGCCCCAGUGCGUACUCUGGCGCCGUGACCAACACCAUGAUCUGUGCUGGGAAAAUGGAGGGAGGCAAAGACUCGUGUCAGGGUGACAGUGGAGGACCGUUGGUGUGCCAGAAUCAGGGAGACAGUCCUUGGUACCUGAUAGGGAUCACAAGCUGGGGAGCUGGAUGCGGGGAACAGAAUAAACCUGGAGUUUACACCAAAGUCAGUGCUGUUUUGCCCUGGAUCUACAGCACCAUGCAGCAAGAGAGACCUUGACGUCCCUUCAGCUUUCACACUUGUAAAUGAAGCCUGCA